AUGGACACGUGGGCGGCAGUCGUCCAAUUUGCAAGCAGCGUGUACGAUGCGCUGGCUUCAGGCUGCUGUCCCUCAGUUGACAAUUCAGCUGAAGAGGUCGUUUCUUGGAUUGAUGCGGAAACUCCACGCGUGCAAUCGCAGCUGGGUGAUGUCGCGAUCUGUACGCCGCGCAAGCUCACAGUUCUACAGAGAAUGGCGGACACACCAUCCACAGUGUGUCCGGGUACGGAUGAGGACCGAGAUGAUGUGUCGUUACCAGAGUUCAUGCUGAAAGACGUGGCCCAAUUCCUCACAGUCUUCGAUUUCGCAUCUCUUCGUGCCGUUGACCGGAGAGCCGACGUGUCAAUGGAUUUUGCCGCGCACAUCAUGUCAAUCUUCCAGCCAGAGAAAAUAGAGAAGAUUAUUGACUUCGAGCACUACCUUCGCGACCCCGCACUAAUUGGCGAUGCCUCGCAGAUUGGCAUGAACGUGCUGCUAUGCCAUUUCGGACAUUGGUUCGUGCAAAGCCCGAACACCGUGCUGCAGCUUGUGCAGGCACUGCAGAAACACUGUGCAGACACAGCCACUGACGAUGUGGGACACACAGCCUCCAUUUUCGUGAUGGCUAACUUCGCAGCUGAGGCGGUGAGUUCCGGCGUAAAGGAACUUCGGCACAUCUUCAUUAGGUUCCUCAUUCAGUGGCUGCGGACCGGCGAUCGCGAGCAAUUGUACUAUGCGUGCGCAGCCCUGGUACACUGCCAUGAUCUGGGCCCGUUCCGUGAGGAGUGCAAGCAAGCACUGAUGAUGGCCCAGACAGAUGAGGAUCAAUGCAGACUCCGUGCCCUCGCCGCGGUGUGCCCCGAGAUUUGGGAAACCGCGGAUCGCAGAAUCCGUCACCUCAGCUCGGUGUGCCCCGACCUUUGGAUCCGCCCUUAUCUGCUUCCGCUGCAGUCUUCAUACUGGGUCUACACUGGCGAGCGCUGGGCUUUUGAUCGAACGUGGUCGGGCCGAUGCGUGCGACAAGUGCAGCAGUAA